CCCAGAUUCUUGCUGCGACCAAUGGUACAUCCAUCACUUUCAGCAGCCUGGUCUACUCACUUGACUUGUUUCUUGUCUCAAAAACACCUGCCAACGUGUCUUGAGACUGCUUGAAUUGACACUCCAGACAUUCAACACUGACCCAAAAGAUCCAUGGCCCCCCCAUCAUUAUCAUUAUAGCACCGACUCGAAAAGCUGUCCCUUCUCUAAACAUGGCGAUGAACUUUGUGACAUUCAACCAGGACUACAGCCAUCUCGCUGUCGGGACCUCUCGAGGCUUUCGUAUCUUCACCACCGACCCCUUUGCGAAAUGCUUCGAGUCAAGAGAUGCCGGCAACAUUGCCAUCCUGGAGAUGCUAUUCUCUACCUCCCUCGUCGCCCUUAUCCUGUCCCCCAGAAGAUUGCAGAUUAAAAACACAAAGCGGAAUUCCAUCAUAUGCGAACUUACAUUUCCGACAACCGUGUUGUCCGUCAAGCUCAACAGGAAAAGACUUGUGAUUGUUCUUGAAGACCAAAUCUAUCUGUAUGAUAUCCAGACCAUGAAGUUACUCUACACCAUUGAAACAUCCCCAAACCCAACAGCCAUUUGCGCCUUGUCGCCAUCAUCUGAAAAUUGCUAUUUAGCUUAUCCAUUGCCACAGAAGGCUGCCUCGACUUCGUUCGCACCUCCGUCGCAUGCACCACCGAACGCAACCCAUGUACCUCCAACGUCUGGAGAGGUGCUGAUUUUCGAUGCGGUGAAGCUCGAGGCCGUCAACGUGGUUGAGGCGCACAGGUCACCAUUGUCGUGCAUUGCAUUCAACAAUGAAGGCACGAUCCUAGCAACCGCCUCAGACAAAGGGACCAUCAUCCGUGUCUUCUCCAUUCCGGACGGACACAAACUUUACCAAUUCAGGCGUGGUUCCAUGCCUUCCCGGAUCUACAGUAUGGCUUUCAACAUCACGUCGACGCUACUAUGCGUCUCAUCGGCCACUGAGACAGUCCAUAUAUUCAAGUUGGCCCCUCCUACGCACUCGGAGGAGCAUGAUCAUGAUUCGAGCUCCCCAACCAAGACGUCGACGCCAUUUACUCUGCGACUGAGCCAGAGUAGUGAGCGUUCUCUGGAGAAUACCGCCGAGGAAGACGGCGAGCCCGGAUCUCCCAGCGCUGUGUCCGGCCGCAAGCCCAACGGAACCUUUAUGGGGCUGCUCCGAAGGACGAGCCAGAACGUGGGAAGCAAUCUAGCGACCACUGUGGGAGGAUAUCUGCCCAAAGGGGUUGCUGAAAUGUGGGAGCCUUCGCGUGAUUUUGCGUGGAUCCGUCUUCCGCGGGCGGCAUCUGGAGUCAAUCCCGGACAGCUCCGUAGUGUGGUGGCCAUGAACAGCAAUUCACCCCAGGUAAUGGUGGUGACCAGCGAGGGCAACUUUUAUGUCUUCACUAUCGACCUUGCCAAAGGUGGGGAGGGCACGCUGAGCAGGCAAUACUCCGUUUUAGACGUUCACGACCGGAUGGGUGCCUCUGGUGUCGACUACUAGCGUCGUUCGACUCGAGCAGUUGUUGGCGGUAAUCUCUGGAGGUACACAGGACUGGUUUCUCUCCGGCCAGGCUAGCGUUGGUGUUUGGGCGUUUCCGGAUCUCUUUUUGCGAUGAACGAGGAGGUCACGAUGGUCUCACGUUCCUUUGGUAGCGGUCUUGACGAUUUUGGGGUCAUUUCCGCAGAGUAUGUUUGACCGCAGAGCAAGGGAUUCAUCCUCGAGCAAGUAUCUCUGAGCGUUUCUCGUUGCCCUCGAAUGCUGCAUUUCCGAGGGGUCGUCGCGUUAGCGUUUCAUUUCAAAGCGAGUAGGCAGGGCUACUGACGUUCAACGGCGAUGUUCUCAAGAUCGCGAGAGUUAGUAUACUGGUGCCAUAUCACAUCAUGAUUUACGUGAUGUCGUCCAGACAAGCAAAUUGCUGGGCGUACCAAUGCUUGACAUUGUUCAUAUGUGAUACAGGAAGUUGCACUGUAUCAGGUGAUACGACGUUGGCUGAUGGGAGUCGUGUGAAGUAGAGAGGGGAAAAGUAAGGGAGC